AUGAGCCGCAACGUCUUUACCAUCUUCGGCGUCACGGGCCAACAGGGAGGUGCACUGAUCAGGUACCUCCUUGACCACCCUGUGUUCUCAAGGGAAUAUACCUUCCGCGGCAUCACAAGAGAUGCGUCCAAAGCUGCGGCGGUUGCGCUGCGGGAGAAAGGCGUUGAAAUCGUCGAGGCAGACAUGAACAAGCCAGAGACCCUUGAGAAAGCCAUGACCGGUGCUCAUACCGUCUUUGCGCUGACGAAUUGGCUCGAAUCGAAAAACCCCGCCGUCGAAGUCGUCCAGGGCAAAGCACUCGCCGACGCUGCCGUCAAAGCCGGCGUAAAGCUCUACAUUUGGUCGUCGCUGCCACGCACAGGUCUCGCACACUUUGACAGCAAAGCCGAAGUCGAGGAGUACAUCCGUGCCCUGCCUCUGACGGCGUCGUUCUUCAUGCCCGGCUGGUUCAUGCAGAACUUUGUCAAAGUCAUGAAGCCAAAGAAGCGCGCGGGCGGCAACGGAGAAUACGUCCUUGCGCAGCCAUUCCCGGGCGCAACGCUCGAUACCGAGCUGCCGCUCAUCGACAUUGAGGACGCGGGGAAAUUCGUAGCUCCGUUCCUGGAGGAGCCCGAGAAGUUCGCGGGAAAACAGUUCUUCGCGUGCACUCGGAAUUUCAGCAUCGGGGAGAUUCGUGAUACUUGGACCGACGUCACGGGCACGCCGGUCGUGUAUGAUGAUGCCGUCUCGGACAAUAACAUGAACGAGGCGGUCAAGGCGAGUCUGAAGAACAGGAACAGGUCGCUGGGGUAUUAUGGCGCAAAAGGGGACGAGGGAAUCGAGUGGACGCUCCAGCAGGUCAAGGAGAAGCUGACCACCUGGGAAGAGUUCGUGAAGAGGGGUGAGCCAUGGUUCGAGAACUGA